AUGGAGGAGGACCGUCAAUCCGUCAAAAAGUUCGCCUUCUUCGGAAUCGCCGCCUCCACCGUGGCAACUCUCACCGUGGUCAUGGCAGUUCCAAUGCUCUGUCUCUAUCUCCAGAAUAUCCAAUCCGGACUUCAAGAUGACCUCACUUUCUGCAAGUCUCGCACGGAUUCUCUUCGUGGAGAGUACACUCGUCUGGCUGCCUACAGAGAUUCCGCUGUAGCCACUCUCCGUCAAAAGCGUUCUACCAACGAGAAGUGCUGCUCUUGCGGAACUGGAGCAGCUGGACCAGUCGGAGCUCCAGGAGACGAUGGAGCACCAGGAAACGACGGAAAGGCCGGAAAGCCAGGAGUCAACGGAAAGGACGCCGACGCCCAACAGAUCCCAACCGCCGAUGACUUCUGCUUCGAGUGUGAGCCAUCUCCAGUCGGACCACCAGGACCACCAGGAUCAAAGGGACCAGAUGGGGAAGCCGGAUCUCCAGGAGAGCCAGGACCAGCUGGACGUCCAGGAAACAAGGGAGCACCAGGACCAGCUGGACAACCAGGAGCCGACGGAGAGCCAGGAGAGCUUGGAGCACCAGGAGCACCAGGAGUUCAACGCACUGUUGCAUCGCCAGUCGGAGAGCCAGGAGAGCCAGGAGAGCAGGGACCAAAGGGAGAGGCUGGACAAGACGGACGGCCAGGACAACCAGGAAGACAAGGACCACAAGGAGAGGCUGGACAGAAUGGAAAGGAUGGAGAGCCAGGAAAGGAUGGAGAGGACGGAGAGCCAGGAAAGCCAGGAGAGGAUGGACCAAAGGGAUCGUGCGAUCACUGUCCACCACCAAGAACCGCUCCAGGAUAUUAG